UCGAGUGUACGUAACCACGUUGGCGACUGUGCGAUGACAACAGGAAAAGGCGGAGCGCGACUUCGCCUGAUCGUCAUCACAUUCUGUUGUGUGCUCACGCGUAGUGUUGACGGCUGCCGUCUUCUCGGAUACACCGGCCAUGUCCUAUACAUUUCUUGUUGCCUUAUUCCUUGCCUACAACUCUAUCUCAAAAAGCAGAGAGACAGAAGUAAGCAGCAUAGUCACUCUCGGCGACACUCUGUUGAAUCUUGAUAGCCUAGUGGAUGCUCAUGAUCACCACAGAGAGAAACGCAACGUCUCUAGUGUCACUAAACCUCUACAACAACAUAUACAUUCAGUAGGCGGAGAGACGGUUGGACCGAGACCAACAAAGACGCGUUUACGUGCAUUCAAACCGCUCACGAAACGACCGUACGACGCGGGACCCAUCGAUCAGUGCAGUUGUCCUCAGCUCGACGUCUGCAGCUUUCCGUACGGAUUCACCGUUCCGGAGUUCGUCGCUCGAAAUAUUGCUCAGUACAAGAAGAAGAUUGUGGACACGCGCAAGAGACUGUUGAAAGUGGAUUCGGCCACGUGUGCUUCCGCCAUGUUGGAUUUUGCGUGUUUGACGCUGCCGCACUGCAUCAAUAAUGGUACGACAGUUCGCUACCCCGUCGAUGUUCAAGAGCGUUGCAUUCAAGCUAUGUCGUCGUGUCCCCGACUGUCAAGUUCUACAUCAGUUCAAGCUUUCUGCAAAUCUGCGACGUCAAGUCAAGUGACCGGCGACUUCUCAUUGACACAGUGUCGUGUGCCGAACGUGACGAGCUGUCGCAACAGUAAGCCAACUCCCGACUGGUUGGCAGCACAGUACGAAUACGCGGCGUCUCUUACCUCAUUUCCUCAACUCGCAGAUUCCCUCGGAUUUAACGGUUCUUGCAGAAAGAAUCUUCUGCGAUAUACUUGCACGCAGCCUACGUGCCACUCUGGUGGACGUCUUCGCGGAUACCGCAGCAAAAGCAAGUGCCAAGCCAUCGUGACCUGCGCUAAAGACGUUGCAAUGAGAGAGACACUUUCCGGAAGUCUCCAGUGCAAGUCAUUAAACCACCGCCGUCGUGCGAGUGCAUUUGCUGGCAGACUGCGACCGCCUUGCAUGGCGCUAUCUGCGACGCCCACACAAGAAAAAGACAGCAGCAAGUUUGCAACGAUGGAGCCAAGAGAAACUACGUCAACAGUCCGCUCUGUUUUAAAGGCUCCGAAACACAAGCACGAGAAGAAUCCCUAAGCAGAGUCGACGUGCAGUUGCAGAGGAAUAUCAAUUUUAGUUGUUGACUCUGCAUGCUGACUCCGUCUGGAUAUUGCGUUGACGCCACAAGGUACAAGAUUAGGUUCUAUUUGCAUUUUCGCUGCGUUAGUAUGCUCACACAAUAUGUAAAGCGUAUUUUAGAAUGCUAAUAUAAUAUACAAAGUGAAAACAUUAAUUACGUUAAUUAAAACUGUUUAGUAACGUGUAAUGACUCUGUUUGUACUGCUACCUACAUUUCAU